UGUUUGGUUUUUGUUUUCAAGGUUUGGUUUCAAAACAGAAGGGCAAAAUGGAGGAAGCGUGAGAGAUUCGGGCAACUGAACAGCAUGCGAGCAAUGGCCACUGGAGCUAACUACGAAAUGCCAAUUGCACCUAGACCAGACGCCUACUCUCAAGUUACAGCCGUUUCCAACGGAUGGUCUCCUCAAAUGGCAGGAAUAAAUUCUAUCAACUCGAUGAGUCCGAUGCAGGGAGGCUAUGGACAAUCACCGUCUGUCUCCAUGGCUAACGCCUCGUGUAUGGUGCCACAGAAUGGUUUGCCGAACUACAUGGGAAUGAACUCCAUGGCCAAUCUGACGAACAUUUCUCACAUGACGAACAUGAAUAUGAGCAACAUUAAUAACAUGACUAGUCAAUCUGCGCAUGUACCUUAUAGUAAUUCUCCCAUGAUCUCCAACGGACAUCCGGGCAUUAUAAUGCCCGCUGCCCCAGCACCAGUCCUCUCUGGUGAAUCAGAAAGACGCACAAAUAGCAUCGCAGCACUUCGUCUAAAAGCUAAGGAACACAGUGCAAUCAGUUUAAUUGGUGCGUAUUCUUAAGCGAUGUCCUGUUUCAAAUGCGUCGACGUGAUCAUAGUAUAAAUAGAUAAACAAGAUUGAACGGGUAAAAUAUGUAAUGUAUUUAUUAGCACUACACAAGGUGUAAAGAUCUGAUUCCGGAUGAGUUUCCCUCCAGAUAAAUCUAUUAUCAAUCGUUAGUGCUACAUACGAGGUACGGUGCACAAUUUGCGUAUACGGUAUACAGUAUGCCUAUGUGUGAUUAUGUUUCCUAUGUUCAAGUUUUUGACGCUGGAAUUUUGAAGCACAUUGUGGAUAGAAAUUGUGAAAUGUAUUACAAGUAUUCACACCAGAGAGGGAAUAUAACUAUUAGAACGAAGUGAAAAGAAAAUACAAAAGGUGUAUCAAAAUGAACAUGAACAUGAUUUUAAGCCUUAUAAAUAGGGACCAAUGUGGUAUUUAACAAUAUAAUUAUGCAAACGUAUAAUUGAAUAUUAUUUUAACUUGCUUAAUUUACCAACAGUAGGUUUUAUCAGCGUUAAACACAUCGUAUUUCCUGUUCAACUUGAUACAAUUAAGAAAUAAUGGGAAAUGAUAACAUAAGAAUUGAUAGGAAAAUGAAUGUUUGAAUGUUGUUACAAUUGAAGUUUCUCCAGUGUGCAUUUGUAGUCAUUCUACGUUCAUAUUCCAGGAUUCCACAGAAAUUUAAACGAAGUACUAGACCCACAUGCAAGUCAUUGAUUGAUAUACAUUUUUAUUAAAUGUGCCUUGUAAUUAUAUAGAUAAGAAGUGGAAAAUCAACGUUAAUAUGUAUAUAAUAGAGGUAGUCAGUAGAUAGAUAACAAUUAAAAAUUAUAAGCAAUAAAUAUUUCUUUGGAAAUAAAA